AUGUCCUGUUCAGGUAUCGCAGACACGCCUACAAUAUUAGCAUCGCCAAUGCCUCUCAAUUUCUUGGAUUUGCCUAUCAAGAUACGUAACAGCAUAUACAAACAAGUUCUCGUUUUACCUCAUCCAAUUCACAUCUUCCAAGACCCAGGAUGUCCACUGGAAGCUUUUGCACCCGAAAAACCCGGCUCAUGGCUUGCAUUGAUCUACGUCAGCCGACAAAUAUCGGACGAGAGCAGAAUGAUUCUGUAUAGUAUGAAUCGGUUCAUCUUCCACGAGAUGGAGACGGCGUGUCGUCCAGGCACUCUCUUGGAGUCCUUCCUGAACUGUAUCGGACCCAAAAUUCCGGGAUUUUGUCUCAUCUAUGCAUCAACUUUCCGGUCACCGAGCACAUACCAGGCGCCUCCGGAGAGCCGAGACUCACAGAUAGCUUGCGAAGAUUACAGCUAUUACGACAAAGCUGUGUCAAUUUGA